AUGGCCGAUGUUGAAACCGACGUCCUCGUCGUAGGUGCCGGCGUAUCUGGACUCUCCUUCGCAUCCAUGCUAGCUGCACAGGGCAUCCGAGUCUUCGCUAUUGCAAAGCAUAGCGGCACCGCGCCCGCUCCGCGUGCCCACGUCACCAACCAGCGCACCAUGGAGGUGUUCCGUGACAUGGGCCUUCAAAAGCAAGUCGAAGUCGCAGGGACCUGCUUGCCCGAUCUUGGCAACAUGGUCUUGGCCACCAGCCUCACGGGCAUAGAAAUUGGACGCUAUGGUUGCUACGGCGGUGCUGAUCAUCAGCUGACCGACUUUGCAAAAGCCAGCCCGUGCAAGAUGUACAACACGGCUCAGAACCUGCUUGAGCCUAUUCUGCUGACCAGAGCCUACGAGAAGGGGGCUAACAUUCGCUUCUACCACGAGUUGGUGGACAUUUCACAGUCUGAUGAGGGUGUCGUCGCUCGCGUGCGAGAAAGGACUUGUGGAGGCGAAUAUACCAUCCGCGCCCGUUACGCCAUCGGUGCAGAUGGAGCUCGAUCGACAGUGGCCCAGAAAGUUGGGUUUGGUUUCAUCGGCGAGCCAGGACUUAUGCAUAUGAUUAGCUCCUGGGUAGAGAUGGACCUAACCCAGUAUGUUUCCUACCGCCCCGCCUGUAUCUACUUGAUGCUACAGCCCGGAGACGAGUACUGGGUUGGUUCUGGAACCUGCAUCCUCAAGAGGCCGUGGGAUGAAUGGGUCGUCAACCGGCAGUAUAACGCCGCAGAUGGAGAGCCCGAUAUGAGCGAUGAAGCCAUCAUUGCUCAUGCUCGUCAAGCACUGCAAAUUCCAGACUCACUGCCCAUUCGAGUCAAGCACAAGGGUAAAUGGCAAGUUAACCACGUCGUGGCCACCGAGUACCGCCGCGGACGUAUUUUCCUUGCUGGAGAUGCGGCCCACCGUCACCCGCCUGCUAGUGGACUGGGAAGCAACACGUGCGUGCAAGACGCGUAUAACCUCUCGUGGAAGCUAGCCGCUGUCAUUAAAGGCCAGGCUGGCGAGGAACUUCUUGAGAGCUACAACCAGGAGAGACAGCCUAUUGGCAAGCAGAUCGUCGACCACGCAAUCGAGACCCUUCACGACAUGGCGGCCCUUCCCAAAGCUCUGGGCUUUGAGCGAGGCCAGUCCCGGGAAGAUGGUUUUGCACAGCUUGAGGAGCUUUUCUCCGACGCUGACGGUGCAGCUCAGCGCCGCGAGUUUCUGAAGGAUCAGAUGAAUAAGGGCAACCGUCGGUCCAACCCCCUCGGAGUCCAUCUCGGCCAUCGGUACAAGAGCUCGGUCGCAGUGCUUGACGAUGGAACUCCGUUCCCUGAAUAUGAGCGUGACCCGGUGCUGUACUACUCAACCACAACGCACCCUGGUGCCUACGUGCCCCAUGCCUGGAUAGAGCUUGAUAAGAAGCGCAUCUCCAUUCUCGAUAUAUUUGAGUUUGGCAGCUUUGGCCUUGUCGUUGGUAUUGGCGGAAAGCCUUGGGAGGAAGCUGCUGCUGUUGUCAGUAAGGAAGUUGGUAUCAAGCUACCUGUGUACUUUGUCGGCCAAUGCUGCACUUACAGCGACGUCUCGGGCGAGUGGGCGAGCCGAAGAGAGAUCACUGACCGUGGCGCACUUUUGGUUCGUCCUGAUCGUCAUAUCGGCUGGCGAUCGAUUGAUCGUCCCCAAGAUCCGACGGCGGUCUUGCGAUCUGCUGUGAAGCAGCUUCUCUCUCGCAAGUAG